AUGGAUGGUGAGCCGACCUACACUGUCUACAUCCGGCUGCCCUUCCCCCGAGGUGACUUUGUCGAUCCGCCACCCGUAAAAUGGGAUGCUUCGAAAGACGAAUCCUUGUGGAGAAUACUCUCAGGGGUCGCAAAGACCGAGAUUGACUGGGUUGAAUUAGCUGCUAGGUUUGAAGUCACCGUAGACUUCCUCCUCCAACAAGUCACAUACCUCACCGAACGCCAUGCCUCACAAGUCCGAGCCCAGAUGCGCAAGGCCACGGCUGCAGCUAGAAGCUCAGCUGCGCCAUCGCCCAUUCCUGGCUCUGACUCAAACGCUGCCCUCGAGGCCAUGAGGAGGACUGGCUCUUCUCAAGGAGCAUACGGCCAUACGAGAGCUCCCUCGUCUCUUUCCAUCCGCAAGGACUCGCCUAUGCCGAAGAAUGACGGCACUGCCCCUGAUACGCCCAAGAUCGGGACUUCAGCAGCUGGCGCCAUUGGUCGGCCUCAGGCAUCACGAAACUCUUCUUCAGGCACAACAGCACAAGUUGGCAGUGCAGGUAGCACAGCUGGAUCGCUGAGACUGAAACCGGGAGCAAUACCGACUUCUCCGCGCUCACAAAACAGACAACGUCUGCCUUCUCUACCCACUGUGACGAGCUCAGCAGCGAAUCCAUCCGGUAUGGCAUCUGCUGCGCCGCAAGCCAUGGAUCCGCCCUCCCCCGGCCCGGCCGACUCGCCCUCUCCGACAUCUUCGGCAUCCUCUAGUCCCGCACAAUCGCGGAUUAUCCGGCGGCCUCCCCGCUUUCAACAAAAGCAACAGGACCAGGAUGGCAUUGGAUCUGCAUUCGCUGAUGAUGACGAUGACGAUGAAGCGGAGCCUGCCUUCUUGCCUUACAGGGCAAAGGCUUCCACGUCCGUCGAAGCUGGCGGCAGCAGUGGCGACGGCAGCGGUCAGUAUACGGACCCCAGCGCCACAUUACGAGGAGAUCCUCGUGACUUUGCUUCUAAUGCCGCAAGGCGAUUGCAAAAUGUCACUGGACCUGAUCAUAGCGGUCAGGGAAAGGGAAAAGGAAAAGAGACGGAGUGUAUGCUUCAGAAAUCGUCGAACUCGGAUUCGUCGGAGAGUUCGGCGGCUUUCAUGUCCAAGCCGUCUUCUAGCGGCCGCAGACAGCCCUCAGGGCCGCUUUCUCCACGAAGGACGACGGAGUUGAAGCAAAAGGGAUAUUCCAGAGAGGGAAGCGACGGCACGCCGAGCAUGGGCAGCAGUUUUAGUGACCUGGAUGAUGCCUCAGUGACUCAGUCAGCCUUGGAGGAAGCGUUGGCGAGCAAGAUGCAGGGAGGAAACACAAUCGGUAGUACUAUCAGCAAUGUGUUUAGGAGCCGAUACUUGCCCAAAUAA